AUCUACGAUAAGCAAAUUAAGUAAUUACGUUAUCGCUGCCGGAUUUUGGUUGAAUGGGAACCAAGUUUUAGAUACAUAUGUAAAUCGUGCCACACAAUAAAUAAAAAGUACUACUCGAGGCUGCAGAAAUAUUCGUCUCGUUUUUUUAGGAAAUUUUCUUUUCUCAUGGAAAAGUGGUGAUUUUUUUUGGAAUAAUUGGUAUUAAAAAGGAAUAAAUAAUUUUCAAAAUCGAAAAAUAUGAAGCGACUGGAAAGGUGUAAAGGAGAGACGAGUUAUCACAAAAUUGAGUCGGACACGGAUGGUGAAAGCAGUCCAAAUUCUUCCGGCGUGGUGACGACGUCAACACCGAAAAAGCGGAGCGAUUCCGAGCAAUCGAGAAAUACGGAGGAUAAAGUUUGUCAAAUCUGGGAGGAUUUUGAUCACUGGAUUUCGAACGAGUUUUCUCCUCCCGGCGCAAAAACUCGGGAUCAUGAUAAGCCCGCCGACGAGAAGCAGAUAAGCUGUGAUGAGACGUCAAGCAUUAUCGAUGCAGGAUUAUCUUCUGCUCAAGUGGAGACUGUUUUUGGGGGAAAUGAGCGGACCGGGAUUCAUGGAUCGGGCAUUUUUUGCCGAAACCCGGGUUGUGUUCGGCACUCGUCUUCAUGCACGUUGCUAUCACAAAGUAAUCGGAAUCAUCAAGAUGAUACCAUCCAGAGACAGAGAGGAUGCUACAGCUUGGAAAUAUGUGACCCACGUCCUCCAAGAUCAUCGAAUUUCGACCCAGGCCCAACCAUGUUCACUGUUUCGCCAUAUUUGGUCUCCAUUUUUGUCCUUCUAGCGACAUCUGUUUUCGUUUUUGCAAUAUUAAUUUUGUGGUCGACUCGCUUCUAUGAAAAUGGUUCUACCACAAUUCAAAAUUGGUGGAGUCCACGACCCUACGGGAGAAAUAGUGGGGGUUAAUUUAUUAAAGGGAACUUUAGUAAAUAUGAAAUAAAUACAGGAAAAAGUUAAAAUGUGAACAUUUAAAUUUAGUUUUUGAAAGCUUAUAAAUAAAUAUUUGAAUUAUAAAA